AUGAGACUAUUGAAGACGCUGUAUACAUGGACCACCUUCACUACGGUCUCCUGCACUGCUUUUUCUGUGUACAUGGCGCUUGUGGGUAAUCAGGUAUACAAGAUCAUGUUUCCAACGUUCUCAAAUAGCCUUAAUACGUUAGAUCCAUUGUGGGGAGAGGGACAGCCACUGGAUGUUACGUGCUACCUGUCUACACGCUCAAAGUGGGAUGCAUCCCAGGACUUUAUUGCAGGUGUAGUGCACGUUGGAUCCUUCAAGUCGCUCACUUUUAACUGGGAGAGCUCAAACUUCAGACGUUUGGACCUUAACAUUUCAAAGACUAUGUUGGCACAACUUACAAAUGACUCCAGUACCGUCAAUCAAGUGUGGGGUGCUUUGAAAAGUAAUUCGUCUGUGUUUUUACACGUCCACGUGACGCACGCUGGAUUUUCGCCCAAUCCACACGAUAGAGAGCUCUACGAUCAGUACAGAACCAUCCACCAGGCCUCCAAUCUUGUCAAAUAUGCUCCGAGACCGAAUGCGAAAAACACGAGCUUAUUGUUGUCUCCUGUGGCGCUGCAAAGUGAUUCUCAGGCGAGUACAUCUUAUGAAUCAUCGACGAUUUCUUAUUGGAAGCCGGCAGCAAAUGUGCGACUUGUGACAGAUUUUACGAAAUAUCCUGUGGAAGAGCUGCCAGUAAUGGUGUAUCAUAACUUACGCUACGUUCAGCACCCAACGGAUCAACGUUGGCGUUACUUACCAGCGCUAUACGUAGAUGAUUUGUCUCUGACGCAAGAUGAAUUAAUACCAUUGAACGCAACGCUGGAUGAUGGAAGUGGCGGGGAAGCUGUGCUUCCACUGUUGCUGUCAUGGUGUCCACUAUCAUUUGCCCGUUGGCAGAUGCAACUUACAUUUGCCACGGUUUUACUAUCGCAGGAACAAAUCGGUGUCCCCUCGAGUGACUUAGAUGCUCUUCGCUCUAUGGUGGCUGAUACACACCCCAUACUUUUGGCGGUGACGAUGAGUGUAUCGUUGCUACACUUACUCUUCGAUUGGCUCGCAUUCCGCCAUGAUGUGAGCUAUUGGCGCGCCAAAGGAGAAAACGUCGUUGGUAUUUCUCUUCGAGCUAUGGCGGCUGAAUUGGCUUCGCAAUGUGUAGUUUUGUUGUACCUUGUCGACCAAGAUUCGACUCUGCUUGUCACAGGCCCGCAGGUUAUCAGUGUUAUACUGCUUGUCUGGAAAGUUACCAAGGUGUGGCGGGCUCAGCGUAGGCAGCUUGAACUACGCUAUACGGCGAAAUCUAGUGGUGCCGCAGACAGAGCAAAACAAAUGGACAAGCACAGCCUUCGACUACUGCAGGAGACUCAACACGCUGACUCAUUGGCUACAUCCCACAUGUUUUUUGUGCUGGCGCCUCUGGCUGUUGGAUACGCUGUGUACUCGUUGAUGUAUGUCCCGCAUACUGGUUGGUACGCCUGGUUACUUGAGUCCCUCACCACAACGGUUUACGGGUUGGGUUUUGCUUUUAUGCUGCCACAGCUGGUCAUUAAUUAUCGACUUAAAUCCGUUGCUCACUUGCAGUGGCGCCUACUCGUCUACCGUGCACUCAACACGUUCAUCGACGAUUUGUUUGCUUUUGUUAUCAAAAUGCCGACGCUGCAUCGCAUCUCGUGUUUUCGCGACGACAUUGUAUUCAUCGUGUACCUGUAUCAGCGUUGGAUUUAUCCUGUUGAUGCUCAACGACUGGAGGACGUUGCAGACAGUGCUUCCACCUCACAGGACGCCUACAACAAGCCGCACAAUGAAUAA